CAUAACUAUUUGACAGAAAAAGAAAAAAAAAAUUUUUUAAAGUGGUGAGUGCCCAUUUUGGAGGCGUUCACACUGUUAGAGAAACUAUGCAUAUAGCAGUCUGAAGGCUUCACAAUAAACCAGAGCUCUUACGGGAAGAGAAAACAUGUCGGGUGUGACCGAGGUUUGAAACGAAAGUAAAACGAAUUUGUCGCUGCACUAUUUACGCGUCCGUUUAUUUUAAAGGAAUGAUUCAGGCUAAAGAUCAGUAAGUGUUUGUUAGAUACUAACUCGGCUGUAUAAUGGAGAGUUUCAACAGUUAUUCCGGAAUCCAAGAACGAACGGCUUCAGUACGGGGAAGACCUACUGGAAAGCGAUACAAUGGGCUGAAAAAUCAAGGUGCAACCUGCUACCUGAACUCUAUACUGCAGUGUCUCUACAUGACCGAAGACUUCCGGAGAGAAGUAGAAAAUUUUAGACCAGAUCCACAAAACUCUGAUGAGAAAUGUACUGAUUUGAUGCUAGAAUUGCAGAAGCUCUUUAACAAGAUAAAAGAGGUUGAUGGUACAACUGAAGGGAUAACUCGAAGUUUGUGCAUCCACAAUGUCUAUGAACAGCAGGAUGCAGUAGAAUACUAUCAGAAAACUCUAAAAGCAACUGGGCCACGAGUUUCCAAGGUAUUUGAAGGGAAAAUGAGCAACAAAACCAAAUGUCCAAAUAAUCACAUAUUUCAAGAGAAUUGUCACUUUUUCACCAUCCCUUUAGCCGUAGAAGCUGGACACAGUGAGGUGUUCAAUGUGGAAAAUGGAUUGCAGACUUUUUUUAAAUUGUUAAAGUUAGAUGAAGAUGACUGGCUAUAUUGUAAACAGUGUGGCCAAAAAACUGAAACAGAGACGUGGAAUGAAAUCGAGGAGUUUCCUACUAUCCUGACUCUGUACCUGAAGAGGUUUUACUUUGACUAUAACCAGAUGAGGCUUGUGAAGAAUCACUGUCCCAUGGACAUUCCUGAGAAACUGCAGAUAAGUAAUAUUGGAUAUGAGCUUUAUGCAGUUAUUAACCACUUCGGAGGAGAAAGUGGAGGGCACUACAAUGCUGUCAUCAAAUCCUUUGAGAAUAACAAGUGGUACUGUUUUGAUGACUCUUUUGUUACAAAGGAUUCAGUAGACUCUUUCCAUCAUUCACAGCUGGCCUACAUGCUUAUGUACAGAAAAGUGAAUGGGUCGCACCCUGAUGAGAAGUCUACCAAUGAGCUACAAUUACACUGCCAGGAGUACUGCAACCUGGUCACCAUGCUGCUGCAGUGGAUCCGACACUAUGUCUCUGUGUUUGAGGAGAGCAAGUUCCCCACCAGUUAUAAGGAAAUUGAGACCCUUUGCCACGAGUUUCUAGAAUUUAAGAAGACACAGCUGCCAUCAAAGGAAGCUGACACAAAUCACUCCAAACAUAUUUACAAGGCCUUUGAGGGUGCAGUGCGGGCAGGUCAGAUUACGGUUCCUCCCGGUUACAACCCCAUCGAUGUGGAGGAGGAGUGGCGUCAACUCCAUGAAGCCAUAAUUAAGUGGGAGAGACUGGUCCGCAAUGAAUUUAAAAGGGUGUACUGUUUCCACGAGCAUCUGGUAAACUCGCGCAAUGAGUACAACCUGCAUGCGAUGUCCGACAUUACAGUGUCAGUGAACAGAGUACCCCUCACGCAUCCUGAGCUGGAUGAAGUCAUGCUGUACUACAUCCAGGACCUGCUGGCCUGGGUGGAGAAGAACCAGAGACGCAUACACAACUCAGAAUGGGGUGCAGACCUGCCCUCCAUCAAGUCCCAUAUGGGCAGCCAUCACAGACUACAUGAGUCUAUCAAGGACUUCAAAUCCAACAUUGAGCGUGCUUGGGCAGAUGAGAAUCAUUUAUCCCCUGCCAGUAAACAAGCAUACAGAGAUUACCUGAUCAAGCUGGACUUGCAGUACAAUGAACUUCUGAGCUUCUCAGUGGACCAGCUGCACAAUCUGAACAUGCUAUAUGCAUUUGCUGUAGCUUGCACUGAAGAGCUGAAGUGGCUAUGUGAGAGAAAGGAGGAAGAGUUGAAAUAUGACUGGAGUGACAAUAACACCAACAUGACUGCCAAGAAGGAUAACUACUCAGGUCUGGAGUGGGAUCUGGAGCAGAGGAAAAUAAGCAUGAACACUGUUCUAGCCACUGGAGACAAAUUGCUGAAGGAAGGCCAUCCAGCUCAGAGCACAAUAGAGGCCUUAAUUGCAGCUCUGCAGUCUCAGUGGAAUUGGCUACAGCAGUUGUGCUGCUGCAUUCAGACCCACAUCAAAGAGAACACUGGUUACUUCCAGUUCUUUGCGGAUGUGAAAGAGGCAGAGGAGAAGAUGAAGAAGAUUCAGGAGACAAUGAAGAAGAAAUAUAGGUUUGAUCGUUCCACUACUGUCACACAUCUGGAGCACCUUCUGAAGGAUGCUGAGGAGGAAAUGGAACAACUUAUUGUGUUUAAGACUCAUUUGAGCAGUCUAAAUAGGAGAGCCAAGGAUAUUGUUCAGCUAAAACCCAGAAAUCCUGCCAACCCUGCCAAAGACAAACUGCUCAUUCAGGCUGUGUGUGAUUGCAAACAAAGAGAGAUUACAGUACACAGGGGAGAUAAGUGUGAGCUGUUGAACAACUCUCAGCCCUUUAAGUGGAAAGUGAAAAGCUUGAAUGGAAGUAAAGCCACAGUUCCAUCCAUCUGCUUCAUCAUCCCACCUCCCAAUAAGGAGGCUGUAGAAAGCAGCUCUGGUCUAGCUGCAAGUUUGCAGGAGCUAAUCAUCCUCAGCAAGGAGUUGCAUAUGGAUAUGACGAGUCUGCUGUACUGGCAGUACUUCAUGAGAGACAUGCAGCGCAUCAAUUCAUGGAAUCGCAUCAUGACUCAGGAGUAUCAUGAGGCUAUGAAGAGCUUGAAGCGUCACUAUCACAUCUUCAUGAGCAAUAGCCAGGACUCUGAGUUCUUUGGUGCAGACGAGCUCGAGCAGGCUGAGAGCACUUAUAACAACGCCGCACAGGACUACAAAAACCUGCUGCAAUCGAAGGAACAAGGAGAACAGGAUGAGUCCAUGUGUAAGAGCUACAUCACUCAAAUUAAGGACAUACGGCUGAGGCUUGAGAGUUAUGAGUCACACAUGGUCAGCUGCAUUAGGCAGCCAGUGGAUAAAGAGCCCCUGAAAGCCUGUACCCAGGGGACCACUGAGCAAAAGAAAGUUCGGACUGAGUUGAAAGGUAUAAAGAAAGAGAUAGAUGCAGUGGUUAAGCAGAGUGAAGCAGCACUGGCUUCUUCUCAGAGGUCCCCCUGGGCACCUAUCCUUUCCUCGGAGAUAGACAUCACCCUGAAGAAGAUGGAGCAUGUUUACAGGCUCUCCUCUGACUACAGGGACAAGGUAAAGAGUGUUGACUUGGAAAUACAUAGCCCACAAGGUACUGAAGAUGUUCUCAGGAAAUAUGAGAACCAGCUGUGUGAUGUCCACAAAGUGCCUGCAAAUGAGAAAGAGUUGGAGACCAACCAAGCACAGCUAAAGGAGCUGUGCUGUGAAGCAAAGCCUGAUAAGCCAGUGGAGGCUAAUCUCCGAGAUGCCACGGUGGUAAAUAUGUUUGGGGUACACAGUAACAGCAAGGGUGAUCACUAUAUGAGUUUUGUAGCAAGCCUAAAAGAGGGCUGGCAGGCUAUAGAUGGCCAGGUUGAGUUGCGUCUGCAGGAAGUGGACCUACUGGGUAAGCAGCUGCAGGCCUACACACAGAGAUAUGACCGGCUUAUUCAGUGGAUUGCUGAUGCCAAGCAAAGGCAAGAAAAGAUCCAGGCCAAGCCCAUCAGUGAUAAAGUGCUUAAAGAACUGCUGGCCCAGGGGAAGAAACUCCUCGAGGAGAUUAAAAAGAAUGAAGACAAAGUGAAGGAAUGUGAGAACCACGCUAUUGCCUGCAUGAAUACUCUAAAGGAUCAUGAACAUCAGUUGGUAAAAUAUAAAGCAUCACUGGAGCCUUUUACCUCCAUCAAGGUGGAGUCUAGUUCAGACAGCAUUAUCCAAGAGAUUGUCACUCUAAAUGCAUGCUACAGUGAGGUGUUGACACUGGCAAGCCAAUAUAUUAAGUGUAACACGGCUAUCCAAUCAUACGUAGAGGACAAAGAGAAAGCUAGCGAAAAACUUAAUGAAGAAAACAGGAGAAAGAUGGCUGAGAUGCAGAAUGGCCUAAUGGAUCAAAAGUUCCACCUACCAAAUGAUGAGAGGCUUAGUGGAGAUUUCGAAGGCUUUAUGGAACCAGCAACAGAUGAAAAGUCAUCUUAUGGUCAACUUCACAAGAUGUAAUUCACGAGAUGCAAAAUUGACAAAGAAAGUGUGCAUAUGCUGUCUCCUGCAGACAAGAAACUUCUAGUGGGGGGUCUUCGAAAGAAAAUCACCUUGAAAGAAUUACUGUAUUCUCAAAUUAUCGAUCAGGAGACUUACACAGACCUCACAAAAGGCCUCAUUUCAGUGGAAGAUCUCAGCAAAGACUUGAAGAAAUAUGUUGAGGGUACAAGUUGUAUUGCAGGUGUGUAUAUAGAAGUUACUAAAGAGCGAAUGUCAAUCUACCAAGCGAUAUCCUGCUUGCAUAUAUACUUCUAUUCAUAUUAGAUUGUUUUUUGGUAUAUUUGUAAUAUGUAAUAUUUUAAUAAUUAUUUCAUGAUGUGGUAUCAAUUGAAAUCUUGUUUUCUUUAUUUGGAAGAACUAAAACUGAACUUCUUAGAAGAACUAAAAGCCAAUUAAAUCAUGUUUUUUGAUAUUACAAUCAUUAGUGUUAUAGUGUCUCUGCUCUAGCUCCAGUAAAUGUUUUAAUAAAAAAUAAAAAUUGGAUUUGGUAUCUCUCUCA